AGCUGUGUCUCCCUCCUGUUUUCCAUUCCUUGAUUGUCCUGUGAGUAUAUAAGCCCUGUGUUUUCUCCUGCUGUUUGCUGGUCCGUCUGUGUUUUGUCCCCGAGUCUCUCUGUGUUCCUCUGUGCUUUAUGUACCUCUGCUCUCUGUCUCCUUGCGUUCAGGAAACUUUGUAAAAUUUUGACUAACCAUCACCACAACAGCCUGGCACCACCUCCUCCUCAAAAGAGGAUGAGGAUAAAUGUCUAUGCAUUUAGUGCUAAGUUGAUGUAUCGAGGAGUGGUCCUCUCUGGAGGAGAGGGAGAAGGAAGGUGAUACAGCAAAUGAAAGAGUGUGGCCAGGUACCUAAGUAAUCCGGAGACAGAGGAGUGCAUGAGCGCAUGAGUCCUGAAGUAUGCUGCCUUACAGGAAAGUGUUUGGAUUCAACCAGCCUAAAUAAUCAGCAGGACAUGAGACUUAAGCACAUCUCACAAUUUAUUUUUGCUCGUGACCUCUUCAGUUUGUCUGGUUUGGGUGUUAGUGGAUGAAAAUCCAAUUUUUCUGGCGAAUUCUUCACCACAAAGAUGACACAACUGAAUGUUAAAAACGUUAUAUAUAGCUUCACACAUGACACACCUCCAGCAUUUGCAUAACUGGUUAUUAAAACAGACAAAGAUCGGCACAGCUUGCAGACGCCACACAACUCGUCUUCUUCACUUUGCUAAACUGGACUGAAGGACUGAAGGACUAUGUCUUCUAAAAGGAAGAUUGUAGUUGUUAUCCUGGGAAGAGAUGAAGCCUUGAAGAAAGCUCUAAUAACCAACAUCCUGGGAAAAGAUUUAUCCAAAUUAAAUAAAAGACAAGCUUUGAAAAAAAUUGAGAUUUAUGUAAAUGAUAUAUAUGAAGUCAUGUUUACGCCAGACUUGUAUGCAGAAUUUAAGGACAUACAAGACUUGUUGUGUAUUAAUCGAUAUCCUGACAUGUGUUUGCUGGUGGUAGAACAUGGCUUUUCAGCAGACGAUGCUCGGAAGCAGAUAGAACAUCUGAGCAAUAAGACUGAAAAACCUACAGAAGAGUUUAUGGUUUUGCUCCCACUGAGUUAUAAACCCACAGAUUAUCCGUUCAUAUCCUGCACCAUGGAACAGGUUUUCUGUGAACUCGACAGACUGGCUGAAGGCAGAAAUCUGAUGCUAACCAAAACAAAUGAGGUCAGAGACCAGAGACGGGAGAGUGCGCAGACAGCUGGAAAGCCAGCGGAUGUGUGUGCCGAACCAGGAAAACAGCCUAUAAGUGAAAAAUCAAUCAAAACCAUUAAGCAACCACAGGAACAGAGUGCCGGGUCACGGCCAUUUGUACCUCUUCCACGUUUGUCAGCACCACGCACUGUGACAGGAAUGCCAGGAAUCAAUACAAUACAACACUUCAAUACAGCAAAGCGUACCAGCAACAAAGUGAACCUUGUUCUCCUGGGAAUGUCUGGCACUGGAAAGAGUGCCAGUGGGAACACCAUCCUUGGAAAGCCAGUCUUCUUCUCUAGACCCAGUUCACAGCCAGUCACCAAAGAUUGUGAGAUAGCAGAAACAGAGAUAAAUGGCAAACAUGUGCGUGUGAUAGACACUCCAGACAUGUUUGAUGAUGACAUUGAAGAAUCAGUUAAGAACAAACAUCUAAAACGGUGCAAAGAGCUCUGUGAGUCGCACCCUUGUGUGUUUGUACUUGUGAUGCAUAUAAGCAGAUUUACAGAUGGUGAAAGAAACAUACUGAAACAACUGGAAAAAGCUUUUGGGAGGAAUGUUAAAGAACAAAGUGUCAUCCUGUUCACUAAAGGAGAUGAUUUGCAUCAUGCUGGAAAAACGCUGGCUGAUUUUCUGCAUAGUUGCCAACCUGAUCUGAAGGAAAUGAUUCAACAGUUUGGCAACAGAUGUGUUCUCUUUGAGAAUAACAGAUCAGGUUCUGCUCAGGUGGAAAAGCUGCUGGACACAGUGAUCAUGGUGUUAGAAAAACAGCAGAAAUGAUAAUGUCAUGUAUCAGAUCAUGUCCAGUGUAAAGAUAUAAAAAAUUAUAAAAACUGGGUUUAUUAUUUGUGUAUUAUGCAAGAGUCUACCUGAAAAUAUCAAGUGCCUUGAGGCAACUGAUGCUGUGAUUUGGAGCUGUAUAAAACUGAGUGGAACUAAAUCAAACUGAAAAAGGGUUGACCAUGACAUUAUUUGAUGUAUUAAACAAGUAGAUCUUAUAAAUCCCAUAAAUCUUAUAAUUUUCAUUUUCAGGCUUUAUUUUACUUUUUUCCUACAAAUCAACAAAUGAAAGUGAUGGAUUUAAAAAUUAUGUUGGGUUUUCUCUAAUUGUUGUUUGUGAAUCUUGGUCAGAUUAAUCAACCUCAUUUUGUAAAGUGUAACAGUAACAAAUUAUUGCUGAAUUCAAUAAAACGCAGUUAAUGUGC